AUGCCCGACAUCGCCACUGAUCUCGCGGCUAUUGUGCCAAUCGACGACAUACCGUUCGCGCCUCAGACAUCAGAAGAGCGUCUCUUAUGCCGCCUCAUCAAAGGAGAUGAGCGCGCGUAUUACAAUCGACUUUUCCAAUCCAUGCGCGACGAAGAUGUCAGAGUGCGAGGCUUCACCAGCAGUGGCACUCGUCCAUGCGUCUGGAUCGGUACUCUGCACGAUGGCUUCAGAAUUUACCUCGACAUCGUCAAAACCAGCGGACGCUCUGAUGAGGUGUACUAUCGACCAAAAAUUCACUACUCAGACGGACCUCUCUCUACCGGACUGACGCCAGCCAAGCGUGUUGAUUGGCACAUGGAUACAGAAGUUGCUGUCUACAACGAUCUGCGCCUGCCACUGAACCAUUGGGAGCGCGUGCUUCGGGGCUUGGGCUGGACCAGCAAGAAGAAGAUGCUCUGGGCAUACAAGAAGUUCUUGGUGAGGCUUUGGCGCUCCUAUUGGCCCGAUGAGCCUUUGCCUGGGCAAAGAAAUCGUGCUUCGAACAAUCAAGAUCCAAGGGACACGAGAUCACCUUCAGCAAGAGAGUCUCUUGAGCAAGUCAACGACGUGGAGGGCGAAGAAGUUGACGAAGUCGAGGCCGUUCUCAGAGAAUAUGAUGUCGCCAAUCAGCGCGCUUUGUGGCGCUGUUUCGACACAUACCCUGAGAGCUUCGUGCACCGUCUCCGAGAGCAAGGACUUUUCACGGCCUUGGUCGAAGGAUACCUUGACUUGGACACCUACUCUACCCUCAGUGUAGAGUCUCGGCAAGCAGAGGACCUUGCACGUGCAGCAGCAAGUGCUAUCAGAAUGGGCCGUCCAGUGACGAACACGUACUGGUUCCGCGUUUUUGAGGCUCGGAUGGCCUCUGGCACUCAGGGAGAAGUAGUUGUGAGAACUGUCCCGAGCCUCGAAGAGCGGGAGAGAGACGACUACCAGUCUGAUGAGGAAGAAGAUCCAGAUCCUGCUUUAUUUUACGAGGACCACGAUUACGCUGAUCAGGACUUCGACGAGCAGGAAGUGGAUGCAAGUUACUACGAUGAAGACUUGACUUACCAGACCAAUCGCGCUGAAUCCUGUGGGCCGGCUGAAGAGUACACCGACCAAGCCAGUAGCUGCGAGUACGACGACGGUCAGACCAUGGAGAGCGAUACUGAGGACUGCUUCCACGACUCUGGAAUGAGGGAUGCUGGCCUCGACGAAGGAUCUGCACACAGCAUGCCUUGGUCGGAUCUUCGAUACUCUGGAGACAGCUUUGACGAGGAUGAGGAGUAG